ACUGACCUUCGUCCCGUACGGAAGUGCGCCAAUAUCUUGAGUAAUCCAUCAAGCCGCACGUUUCUUCGUUCUCCUCAGGUUCCCGUUCCUGUUCGCAGAGACUCUAAAGUCCAGUACAGCCUUCUCGUCUCGUGAGAUUAUUCCUCCGCAAAACCCUUCCCCUCCUGUCAUCGUUGCUGAGCACCAAAACGGUGAGGGCCACGGUAAAACAGCAGGGAACAGCCUUCUAUCUGAAAAAUCGGGAGCCUAGCGACCUAAUUUCCGCGAGCUCCAGCGUCGAUGACGAUCUAGAAAAUUCAACCUUCGCGCCCUCCACCAGAAACGGAACACGCAACGCGGAACCUUCAGGCCCAAGAUGCUCCCGCUUCGAUCCCAUUCCGUUUCGUCCAUUAAUCCCGGAAACGACAUGGCGACGAGCGCGCAAGCCGCGGUUUCGCGUCUGCAGCAGCAGCAGGAGGGGCCAGGAGGACCGACGUACGCGUCCAGGCGGUUUCAGCACCAGCAGGGGCAGCAGCAACUCCAGCAGGGGCAGCUGCAACCGCAGCUGCCGAACGGGCAAGUCUACCCAGAGGAGUGGGAGGAGCAGCGGAACCACGAUCGCGCGGCGCCGGCUCGGAAAGGGGCGGCGAGACUGCGAGUGCACGGGUCGAGCCGGCGACGGGAGUGGAAAGCGAAGAACCCGAUUCAGCCGAGUCAACGGAGUCAACGCAGUCAGCGGCGGUCGCCCGCGCGAUAUGAGGGAGGGGGUGACCAGCCGGACUGCUUCUUCUCCUCGUGCUGCUGCCUGAUGUUCGUUCGCCGAAAUCGACGGCCCAGAUCGUCGUGCGGCAGCGCGUCGGUCAACUCCGGGCAAGUCUCGUCCACGCGGCGGAGCCAGGAGCUGGCGCGCGGAAACUCCGCGGAAGAGGGCGCGCGGAUUGCUUCCCCCGUUGAGCUUCUCCGCGCGGGCUUGCGCCAAGCAGGGGCGAGCGGGAGAGGGUGGGUCGUGGGGGAGAGUGAUGAUGACGACGGUGACUAUAUCGACCAGGAGGACGGGCAACCCGUGGAAGAGGAAACGGCGCGCGGCUCGGCGGUAAGACCUUCUAACGACGCUCGGCUUGCUGACACGUGUUCUGGCCAGCAAUUGGCCGGCACGUCAGCGGCGGCCAAUUUCCCAGAAGGCGUAACUAGCAGCAGAGACCCAGCUGACGUGUCAGGUGCCUCUGGCGCCACCGCCGCCGCCGCCGCCAGCGGCGCCUCUGACCAUUUCCCGUCCGCCCCGCGUCUCCCGCGCGGCGUUUCCAAGGAGACGAUCGUGUCACUCAUCCGCACGGCGGAGGAGGUCGGCGCGCUGCGCGCGACGGAGUCGAAGGACGCCGCGGCGCUGCUGCUCGCAGCCUUGGAAGACAUCUCCGUGCCGUCCGUGCACCGAGCCAGCAGCCUCGGCAAGAUCGCCUGCAGCUCCGGCACCGGAGCUGCCGCCGCCGCCGCGGCAUCUGCAGCGGCGGCCGCCGCCGCCGCCGCCGCUGCCACGGGGAGUUCGAGAAUGGCCUAUUCGGGGAGCCGCAGGGUGGCGUGCUUUCCCGGCGCCGGGGGGUGCGUCGUUCCGCGAUCCCUGUCGGCCGAGCAGCUCUCUAAUCGUUCCUUCGAGCUGAGUCGCUCGCUGGAGCUCGGUGAGUUGAUGGACGAACCCCGUGGCAUCGCGGGCGAGCGGCCUUUGAUUCUCGAUCGUUCGAUGGAGAUGCAGCAGACGGCGGAGAUGGAUCGAGAUUCAAUGGAGCUGGAGUACUCCCCGAAGCGUGGUGGGUUUGACCGGUCAAUGGAGUUUGCAAGGUCCACGCCAGUCAACGGCCGGUCAAUGGAGUUCAACCGCACGUUCGAGAUCAAGCGGUCCUCCCAGCCGCCCGUUCUUGCUGAGCCUAAUUCUAAGCCUACAGCUGCUUCGGCACGAGGCAGCAGCUCGGCUCCGAUCCGACCAACAGCAGCUCGGCAUGAGCCGCUUUCUCCGCUCAUGCUUCCAAGCCACAGACGCGACUCGUUUGGACCCCCUCGUCUCUCGCUUGCGAAUGACUCGCCAGGGGAAAGCGAGGAGGGCGAGGAGACGGAGGAUAUCAGCGUAAGCAGGAGCAACAGCUGCUGCAGCAGCAACAGCAGCGCCGGUGGUGGCGGCAGCUGCGAAGGGAGUGGUGUUCGGUGCAGAGCGGUGGAGGAGCCAGAGGGUGGGAUGGAGAGGGAUGCAGUGCGGUUCAUUCCUGAAGCUGGUAGUGAGGGAAGUGGCGAGGAGAGUCGGGGUACGGAGAGCACCGAGGGGCAGCAAUUUGUCCGCAGCAGCAGCAGCAGCAGCAGCCAGAAGGGCGGGCAGGGCGUGAGUCAAGCUGAUAUGUCCAAGUCAAUGCCAGGAAGUAACUGGAACGUCUAUGGGCCAUCAAAUUGCGGCAGCGGCAGCAACAGCGGCAAGAGGGCAAGCAGCAGUGUCAGCAGCAGCAGCGUGAGCAUGGCAAGAGGGCAUGGCCCGAACCCAGGCAUGCAUGGUGCGGACGUAGGCAAUAGUGGCAACAACACUUCUGGCUUACAUAACAUGCAUAACAUGAACAGUCUUAACAGUAUUAACAACUAUAACAGGUCUGCUCCGCUGGACUUUCCAAGCCUCCCAUCCAUGCCUGGAUGGCCAGCUCCGGCCAAGCCUCGGAUGGCUUCAUCAGUCAUUGUCAAUGCUCGCCGUCGAACCUUCAGCCGGCCACACUCCCCUGCCCGAGCCUACAGCCCGCGGCCGCUCUCCCCAAUUGCAUCUACCACACCAACAGCUUCGGGCUUGGGGGGUGCUGCUGGGUGGGCGGCAAGAAGGGGAGUGGACUCAGGCUGUGGUGGGGAUAGCACAGGGACAACUGGGGAAGGGAACGGCCAAGCGGCUGCUGAUGGUUCGAAUGGGGAGCUCCGGCGUUCGUACUCGGAUUUGGAAAGAAGCUGGUCUGGGGAUCUGGGAAUGGCUGGGGGAUAUAAUGGUAGUGGUGGGGGGUUGAGGGGGAAGGCCUGGGGUGGUGACCAGGGCAGGGAGGAAGUAGACGGGUGGGAGAUUAGGCAACAGCAGCAGAGCCCACAGGCUCAGCAGCAACGGCAAGAUGUUGAUGAGGAUUUGUACUACUACCACUUGUGGCAGCAGCAGCACAAGCAGUUCCAUAAAUUGUAUGAGCAAGUGGGGGAUGGUGAAUAUCAGCAGCAGGAGCAGCAGGUGGAGUACCAACAGCAGCUGCAACAGGAUGUGUCUAGGGCUAGAGAUGGUGUAAAACGCCAUUGGAGGCCUUGAUCCACUCUUUGAUGGUUGGGUGCUACGCUUCUAAACCAUUUUGUGAGAACUUGCAAUUUGAUUAACUUUUACAUCUAUAUCCUUGUUCUUGUCGUUUGAGAUGUGAUUGUUCUCCAUCUAAUAAUAUGUAGAGUUAAGC